ACGGUGGCACCUGCGGCCCGGGUCUUCCUGGGGGUGGCGUGCGCGGCUCUCACUUCCACCUUGCUGAGUCUACUCUGCCUCACUGUGGGAGGCGCCCCGCGUGGCCUCGAGACUGGUCACCUACCCCGCGCCGACCAGCGUGUCCCCGCAGGACCCGGAUCCGGGGCGCCUUCGUUGCGAACUGCCUGCCAGGAGCGCCUAGAGAGUGAAAAAGGAAAGAGAAAGAGAGCCCAAGAGAGGCCCCAGCCACCUUGUGGAGCAUGCCACCGACUGGAUCUAGGACAUUGUUGGUCUUGGGAAUUCAGCCAGGGAGAAGCCUUAAAAGAGUCGCACACACUUGGAUGACAAGCACUGGCAGCAACAGAUCAGAUUGCAGCCAUUCAAUUUGCUUCCAAUUAAAUAGUUUAAGUGAAGAAAAUCAGGUCUAACUUUUUAUCUUAAAGACUGGCCUUGAGAAUUUCCAUUUCUAAAGACCAAUUCCUGCUGUGGUUUCAUUAGCAUUUGGGGCUGGGCCUCCCACCCAUCCCCUUCUCCCCCAAUCCGUCUCUGCCUCGGGGCAGAAAAGAAAACAGCGAAUUAUUACAAAAACAUCCCCAGUUUGGAGCAGGAGCUUAAGCUGGGAAUACAGUCGAUUUUGACAUCAAUUAAAUAUCUAACCAGACAAGUGCACGUGGCUUUGGAGGGUUUCUCCGUCACCCAGGUGGCCGCUGCAUUUAGGACAAGGAGGCGUGGACGUGCGCGUCUCAAGAAGCCGAGUUCCCCACGAGGCCAAGCGCUAAGAAACGCCAGAAACGCGCCAGGACUUCAGGGCCAACCGGGAAAGCGGCAGUCGCGGGCCCAGGCGCUCUGCAGACGCGGACCUUGCCGGCUGUCUGGCCGCGGGGAGGCCGGAGCGGCGCGGGCCCGAAGUCAUGCGCGCGGGCGGCGAGGGGGCGCUGUGGCCCGCGGCUGAGGCCUCGUCCCUGCUGCGGUGGCCCCAGCAACGUUCCAGGCCACCGACGGGCGGCGGGCGCCCCUGCCCUGGCGCGCGACCUACCCCUUUCCACUUAGGUUUAAUUCGGCAAAGAAGAACAAUUAUAACAGGCAUUGCAAUAAAGCUUACUCCGCAUACGA